UUUCUCUGUGAGGAUUGUGGAAAGUAUUUCACUCGAAUAUCGAAUUUACAUCGACAUCAGCGAACUACACAUGGGUUAGAAUCCUCACGUUGUCCAACAUGCGGUAAAAGCUUUAACAGAAGGGACAGCUAUUUACGUCACAUUAGAAGUCACUCCAGAAUUUCAGGUCUGGAAUCCCAACAUGGCAAUCCUGAAAUGGGAGAUCAUCCACAAGCCUCGAACAACAUCGACAAAGAAAAUGUAAACCCUAAUUCCAAAAUUCAACUUGGCAGCGGAGAUUCAUCAAUUAGCCCUAAAGCUGAUGACACAAAUGAAUGUAUCACCGAGGAAGAUGCCAUUGAGGGAAAUUUAAAGAAAAUAUUUCUAGAGGCUACCGAAAAAAAGCAAAUACGAUCCUUUGACCUUCUUAAAAAUCAAAGAAGAGACAAUCAGAUCAAUUCUGAAAGAAGAACGCCUCAAAAGAAAAAGAAUGAAAUUUUACCUUACCUUACAAGUUCGUUUCACCAAGACCAGAGGGGAUCAAAUUGAGCAUGCUGAACCCUUUUUCCACGGAAGAUGUCACAUAGUUCUCAAAAACGAAGACAUCGAGUCUGCACUAAGAGAGAGCAUCAUGAAAAUUGUUAACUCUUUUGUUGAAUACCAAAGAGAAUGUAGUAACUGGGCACUUGAUAAAGUUCUGGGAGUCAACAUCCAUAUCGUCCAAUAUAAUCCGAUUAAAGGUUCGAGUUUCCUACCGCUGCCACCUAAAUUAGCAAACAAGAAAGCCAUCAUCAAUGUUCAGAAUUCUGAUCAAAAAUGCUUCAUGUGGUCAGUGUUGGCAUCUCUUUACCCUGCCACAAAAGACCCUCAGCGAGUUAUAAAUUAUGUACAACAUGUGGAUAGACUCGAUUUUACAGACAUUCCGUUCCCGGUUCGAAUCGGAGACAUUCCUAAAUUCGAGAAAAGGAACAACAUCUCUGUGAACGUGUUUGGGUAUGAAAAAAGUGAACUUUAUCCCCUUCAUCUCACUA